AUGGCCAAUUGGGCCUUGGUCGCGAGAUCUGCAGCUCAAAGAAGCCGACCGAAUCAAUCUAGUGCGUUGGUCGAGAAGAAUGGAUGGAAAUGCCAUGUUUCUGCCAACCAAAUUUGGAGAACCGCGCCCCUGGUUCAAAGAGGAAGUUUGUGUGUACACUGCAUAACUCAGAAAGGAGCUAUCAGAUUCCUGAUACUACAUUUACCACAAAGCGUACAGCGUUGA